GCCGCCCCCGCAGGGAUGGACCUCUCGGCCAACCAGGACGAGGAGGGCGACCAGGAGACCUACCAGCUGGAGAUCAACAAGGACACCAAGAAAUGCGCCUUCCGGACCUACACUGGCAAGUACUGGACCCUCACCUCCAACGGGGGCAUCCAGUCCACGGCCUCCACAAAGAACGCCAGCUGCUACUUCGACAUCGAGUGGUGCGACAAGCGCAUCACCCUCAAGGCCGCCAACGGCAAGUACGUGACGGCCAAGAAGAACGGGCAGCUGGCGGCCUCCAUGGAGGCGGCAGGUAAGGACGAUGCCACCGGCAAGUACUGGAUGGUGGGAAGCGAGUCGUCCGUGACCAGCAGCAGCGAUUCGCCCGUGGACUUCUUUUUCGAGUUCUGCGACUAUAACAAAGUGGCCAUCAAGAUCAACGGCAAAUACCUGAAGGGCGACCACGCCGGCGUCCUCAAGGCCUCGGCCGACGCCAUCGACGCCUCCACCCUCUGGGAAUAUUAA